AAUACCUUAACUACCAUCUCUUAAGAGAAAGAAAAAAAAAAUGAAGAAAACAGAAGCAAUCUUUGUGCUUCUAGCUUCUCUUGUUUUCUUGUUUAACUCUUCUUUUCAUGAUCACCUUGACCUUGAAGCCCAAGCCCCAGGUCCAGAAGGUGAAAAAACUCCAUAUAGCUAUAUAGAAGCAACUGGUAGAGGACCAUCAAAGUGGGGGCAGCUCAACCCAAAUUGGACAGCUUGUGGUAAUGGAAGAAAGCAGUCUCCUAUCGAUCUUCGUCUUCAAGAUGUAGAAUUUCUACCUACCCUAGGAGAUCUACAAAUACAAUAUGAACCAGCUGCUGCCACUAUUAAGAGCCAAGGACAUGACAUUGAGGUGUCUUGGAAAGGGAAUGCUGGGAACAUUAUUAUUCAUGGAGAUCAUUACAAUCUGAUACAAUGCCAUUGGCAUAUACCUACAGAGCAUGCAAUCAAUGGCAGAAGGUAUAAUUUGGAACUUCAUAUAGUCCAUCAAAACUCUCAUGGAGCAUUUGCUGUUAUUGGAAUUCUUUACAAAUAUGGGCUACCUGAUCCAUUCCUUUCAAGGCUCAUGCCCUUCAUAAAAACAGUUACGAAAGAAGAGAAGGAUUUGGGAAUUAUUAGCCCAAGAGAUAUUGGAUUUUGGAGCAGAAGCUAUUUCAGAUACAAUGGCUCUCUUACCACUCCUCCAUGCACUGAGGGAGUUCUUUGGACAGUUUUCCAGGAGGUAAGGGAGGUUUCAGUGAAGCAAGUGGAAGCACUGAGGAAUGCCGUUGAUUAUGGAUUUGAGAUGAAUGCAAGGCCAAUCCAAGCAUUGAAUGGAAGAUCAGUUUAUUUGUUCCUCUCUUGGGUGUAGAUCAAUUCAUACUAAUAAAACUGUUGAUUGGUCUCAAAAAGAAAAAAAAAUUCAUUAGGAAAAUGUUUUAUAUGGAUCUAGUUUAAUUAUUACCAUGUACAUUAAUAAAUUAUAUCAACAUUUUUCCAUUUAACAUUUCA